UAUAAUCCAACUUAAAGCCAAAACUAUUUCAUCUAAUCAACAAAAAAGCCUCCUUAAUGCUCAAAUAGAUGCACUCAGCAAGCAAAUCCGCCGGUCUGAACUGGUAGCGCAGGAAAUCACGUCCCUACCCGAUGGCGUAAACACGUAUUGUUCUGUAGGUAGAAUGUAA